AUUGAAGAGCUGAAGCUCGUGGGUGAGCGCCUCCACUACAAGCGCCUCACAGGCACUGGUCCCGAAGAGGGAUGGAUCAGCCUGAAGGUUAGCGGGAAGGAGCUUGUGGUGAGGAAAGACGAAGAUGAUGCGCCAGCUGAAGACGUGGGCGGACCAGGAGAUGCCCCUGGAGCAGUGGAGACUGAUGCCGCCCUCAAGAGCAAGGUUGAGGCUGAUGCCAAGGUGAAAAAAGACGAGGGCGCUCUUUUGCUUUACUGCAUGAAGUACAAGGUCCUUGGGUUCCCGUUGGACAAGCCCAAGCUGCGAAUCUUGUGUUUCCACAAUGCCGGCAGUGCAGAGUCCAUCUACACAGGGCCGGGCACGCCCUUCAUCAACUGGAUCAAGGAGACCAAGCAGAUAGAGCUGAUGGCCUUCGACUAUCCGGGACGAGACAAGCUGCUCAAGGCCACGAAGCACACCACCACAGAGACGUUGGCUCCGGAUCUGCUGGCGGUGGCGUACGAGAAGCUGACGGAUGGGGUGCCCUACAUGGUUUGGGGCCACUCCGUUGGAACCUGGGUUUGCUUUGAGUUCCUCAUGCUUUGUCGGAAGGUUGGCAUCCCGAUGCCUCUAGCUGCCUUCCUUGUGACCUUCCCAGCCCCCCACUACCCAGAAGCCAAGCGCCCUUGGAGGAAAAAUGCCAGGCUGAACGACGCUGAGAUGAGAAAGGAAGUCGCGGCUUGGGACAAGGAGCACUUUAGCGGGGCGGCGAAGGUGGUCUUUGAGGAUAGCUGGGGCGACACCUGGGAGCCGAUGAUGAGAGCCGACUUCAAGCUUUUCGACGAGUACAAGUUCCGGCACGCCGGAGCGCCAAAGUUCGAAUUCCCGCUCCACUGCUGGCGGUGCGAGGGCGAGCACUUCAUCAAGCCAGACAUGGUAGAGGCCUGGAAGGACUGGACCUCCGGGCCUUUCGACUACCAGGAGUUGAAGGGAGCAGGCCACCUGACUGCCUUCUACAAGCCAGACCUGAAGAAGGCCUACUUCCAGAAGAUCACGGAUCUCAUGAAGAAUUAUUCUGGUGACGAGGAUUCGGAGUCGCUCUGGCCGUGCCCUGGCCGUUGGUUUUUCAAGUCGGGGAGUGUGCUUCGCGAGGCCAAAGCUGACCUCGAGGAGAGAGAAGAGGACGUGGACAGGCUGAAGAAGGCCUUCUUGGAACAGAAUGUGGCUAAGAACCUGUACUGGGUCAAGCUCAUGGAGGAAGCCCGGGAGGAGCUUUUCGACGCCAAGAAGGUGUUUCCACGCUUUCUGGCGGAGGUGGUGGAGCUGCGUCAUGCUCGGCGAUGCCUCCAUCGACACGAAGAAGCCUCGCAAGCGGCCUGCGGUAAAGGGACAAUGGAAACCUGCUCUGGGGCCAUUCCACUAAUCCGCGGGGGAACGAACCAUGUUCCAGAUGGGCCAGCCGGCACUUCCGGAGGUUGGGAGAGGUGA